AUGGACCCUUUUGGAGAUGACACUAGCGUAAAGAAUGGCGUAUCCAUGGCGAUUUCCGACUUUGUACCACCCUCAAAUACUAGUGGAGAUUUUUACGAGGUCGAGCCCACGGAAGAUACGAGAACUGAGACGUACGAGGAUCACUUUCAACACAUGGAAGAGAGCUAUGAGCCAAUGGACUUUGGUGUUCAAACUCCAGUCGUGGAAGAGGAGAAUGAGCUCACAAAAUUUAUGCAGGAGUACGAGAAACAAAUUGCGUUGAAGGCUCAGGAGCAAGAAAAGGUGGCAGAUGAGUGCAAAGUCAAGGCUGAGGAUGAUAUGGCACAGUUCGUAGCUGAACGCCAGCGCAUAAAGGAGUCCAAGAUGCAGUCCAAUCGCGUGUUUGAGCAAGCGGCAAUUGAAAAGAUGGUGGCCGAUUUGCAGAAUGAGAACCCGUGGGAGCGUGUGGUGACACUUGUGGACCUGGAGACGAGCCGCAAGAAGAAGCUCGAGGCACUUAACAGUAAAAAGGACUCGGAAAAGCAAGACCCUCAACCAGUUGCGGUGCCUGCUAAGAAGACCCCAGAGGACGAGAAGGAUGUCUCCCGGAUGCGACAGCUGUUUGUGCAGUUGAAGACCACGCCACUCGAGCAGACGCGAGCUAACGCUGUAGCAGCUAACUAG